AGAUGUGUUUUGUGUGUUUAUGCCACAGUUUGCCUUGACUCUUGCUGCUGUUGGAGUUCUGUAAUUUUGCCUGCCUGCUUGUGCCUUCACCCGCAAUCCGCCACCCCCAUUCGUCCUGCUUUUCUUGUUCGUGGACCAAGCCUCCAGCCUUCCCCUUUGCAGCCCCUCCUCUCCAGUGCACCCCCUCCCUCUGGGCCCCACCCCCACUGAGAGUCCCCUGCUUGCUGUCGCUCCCACCCCCACUGAGAGUCCCCUGCUUGCUGUCGCUCCCAGAUCAGGGAAGCUUGCUGUGCCUUUAAAGAAAGCAGACUCCUGGCUGUGACGCACUUCUGGCUGUCAGCCAGGAAGAUCGCUCCUGCCAGGCAGACUGAGAAGAAAACCAACAACUUUUCUUUUGUGUGUGGGGUUACUUUCCACUGGCCCCCCCUUCCUCCUCUCCUUUCAAGAUUUAAAUGCUAAUGGCGGAUUAAAACCUGUAGAUGCGUUUGGCUUUAGGAGUCUGGCACAUUGGAGUGACUGUCUGGUAUCACCAAGAUGACGCUUCACGCCACCCGGGGGGCCGCACUCCUCUCUUGGGUGAACAGUCUACAUGUGGCUGACCCUGUGGAGGCUGUGCUGCAGCUCCAGGACUGCAGCAUCUUCAUCAAGAUCAUUGACAGACUCCAGGGCACUGAAGAGGGACAGCAAAUCUUGCAGCAGCCGGUGCCAGAGAGAAAAAAAAAUGUUUGCAGUUUUUUGCAGAAAAAUCAAAAACAUCCCUCUAAAAAAAAAUGCCUGGUGUCUGCACAGAAGGUGCUAGAGGGAUCAGAGCUGGAACUAAAAAAGAUGACCAUGCUGCUCUUAUACCACUCUACCAUGAGCUCCAAAAGUCCCAGGGACUGGGAACAGUUUGAAUAUAAAAUACAGGCUGAGUUGGCUGUCAUUCUUAAAUUUGUAAAAAAAAAUGAGGAUGGGCUAAACCUUAAUGAGGACCUAGAGAACUUCCUACGGAAAGCUCCUGUCCCUUCUACCUGUUCUAGCACAUUCCCUGAAGAGCUCUCCCCACCUAGCCACCAGGCCAAGAGGGAGAAAAAAAAACUAGAGCUACAGAAGGUUGCCUCCUCUUCCAGUGGGAACAACUUUCUCUCAGGUUCUCCAGCUUCUCCCAUGGGCGAUAUCCUGCAGACCCCACAGUUCCAGAUGAGACGGCUGAAGAAGCAGCUUGCCGAUGAGAGAAGUAAUAGGGAUAAAAAAAAACUGGAGCUGGCUGAGAACCGCAAGCUCCUCACCGAGAAGGAUGCACAGAUAGCCAUGAUGCAGCAGCGCAUUGACCGCCUAGCCCUGCUGAAUGAGAAGCAGGCAGCCAGCCCACUGGAGCCCAGGGAGCUUGAGGAGCUAAAAAAAAAGAAUGAGAGCCUUACCAUGCGGCUGCAUGAAACCCUGAAGCAGUGCCAGGACCUGAAGACAGAGAAGAGCCAGAUGGAUCGCAAGAUCAGCCAGCUUUUGGAGGAGAAUGGAGACCUUUCCUUUCAGCUGCGGGAGUUUGCCAGUCACCUGCAGCAGCUACAGGAUGCCCUCAAUGAGCUGACAGAGGAGCACAGCAGGGCCACUCAGGAGUGGCUGGAGAAGCAGGCCCAGCUGGAGAAGGAUCUCAGCACAGCCCUGCAGGAUAAGAAAUGCCUUGAAGAGAAAAAAAAAAUCCUUCAGGGAAAACUUUCACAGUUGGAAGAACACUUGGCCCUGCUGCGGGAGAACCCACCCCAGGAGAAGGGCGAGGUGCUAGGUGAUGUCUUGCAGCUGGAAACCCUGAAACAAGAGGCAGAAAAAAAAACUGCAAACAACACACAGCUCCAAGCCAGGGUGGAGACGCUGGAGACUGAGCAAGGCCAGCAGGAAGCCAAGCUGCUUGCUGAGCGGGACCACUUUGAAGAAGAAAAAAAAAAGCUAUCUAGCCUGAUCGCCAACCUGCAGAGCUCCAUCUCCAACCUCAAAAAAAAAAAGGAAGAGCUGGAGCAGGCCUCCCAGGCUCAUGGGGCCCGGUUGACUAAAAAAAAAGCCUCUCUGACCUCUGAGCUCACCACACUCAAUGCCACCAUCCAGCAAAAAAAAAAAGAACUGGCUGACCUGAAGCAGCAGGCCAAAGAGGAGCAGGCCCAGCUAGCACAGACCCUCCAACAGCAAGAACAGGCCUCCCAGGGCCUCCGCCACCAGGUGGAGCAGCUGAGCAGUAGCCUGAAGCAGAAGGAGCAGCAGUUGAAGGAGGUAGCAGAGAAGCAGGAGGUAACUAGGCGGGACCACGCCCAGCAACUGGCCACUGCUGCAGAGGAAAAAAAAACCUCCUUAAGAGAGCGGGAUGCGGCUCUCCAGCAGCUGGAGGCACUGAAAAAAAAAAAGGCUGCGAAGCUGGAGAUUCUGCAGCAGCAACUUCAGGUGGCUAAAAAAAAAAAGGACAGUGCUCAGACCUCAGUGACACAGGCCCAGCGGGAGAAGGCAGAGCUGAGCCAGAAGGUGGAGGAACUCCGCGCCCGUGUUGAGACAGCCUGCCGGGAAAAAAAAAAAGCCCAGGCCCAGGUAGCAGAGCUAGAGUUCCAGCUGCAGUCUGAGCAAAAAAAAAAAACUGAGAAAGAAAGGGUGGCCCAGGAGAAGGACCAGCUCCAGGAGCAAAAAAAAACCCUCAAAGAGUCCUUGAAGGUCACCAAGGGCAGCCUUGAAGAGGAGAAAAAAAAAGCUGCAGAUGCCCUGGAAGAGCAGCAGCGUUGUAUCUCUGAGCUGAAAAAAAAAAACCGAAGCCUGGUGGAGCAGCAUAAGCAGGAACAAAAGGAGCUGGAAGAAAAAAAAACUGGGCGCAAGGGGCUGGAGGCUCGAUUACAGCAGCUUGGAGAGGCCCAUCAGGCCGAGACUGAAGUCCUGCGGCAGGAGCUGGCAGAGGCCAUAGCUGCCCAGCGCACAGCUGAGAGUGAGUGUGAGCAGCUUGUCAAAGAAGUAGCUGCCUGGCGUGAAAAAAAAAAGGAGAGCCAGCAAGAGGAGGCGCAGUAUGGAGCCAUGUUCCAGGAAAAAAAAAAAACUUUGAAGGAAGAAUGUGAGAAGGCCCGCCAGGAGCUGCAGGAGGCAAAAAAAAAGGUGGCAGGCAUAGAAUCCCACAGCGAGCUCCAGAUAAGCCGGCAGCAAAAAAAAAUAGUUGAGCUCCACGCCAACCUGGCCAGAGCACUCCAGCAGGUCCAAGAGAAGGAAGUCAGGGCCCAGAAGCUUGCAGACGACCUCUCCGCUCUGCAGGAAAAAAAAAAAAACACUAGCAAAGAGGUGGCCCGCUUGGAGACUUUGGUGCGCAAGGCAGAAAAAAAAAAGGAAACAGCCUCCCGGGAGUUAGUCAAGGAGCCUGCGAGGGCAGGGAAAAAAAAACCCGAGUGGCUGGAAGAGCAACAGGGACGCCAGUUCUGCAGCACACAAAAAAAAAAGCAGGCUAUGGAACGGGAGGCAGAGCAGAUGGGCAAUGAGCUGGAGCGGCUGCGGGCCGCACUGAUGGAGAGCCAGGGGCAGCAGCAGGAGGAGCGUGGGCAGAAAAAAAAAGAGGUGGCACGACUGACCCAGGAGCGGGGCCGGGCCCAAGCUGAUCUAAAAAAAAAGAAGGCGGCCAAAGCAGAGCUUGAGAUGCGGCUGCAGAAUGCCCUCAAAAAAAAAAGUGUGGAGUUUGCUACCCUGCAAGAGGCACUGGCUCAUGCCUUGACGGAAAAGGAAGGCAAGGACCAGGAGUUGGUCAAGCUUCGUGGCCUGGAGGCAGCCCAAAAAAAAAAGCUGGAGGAACUUAGGCAAACCAUGAAGCAACUGAAGGAACAGCUGGAAAAAAAAAAAAAGGAGCACGCAUCUGGCUCAGGAGCCCAAUCUGAGGCUGCUGGCAAAAAAAAACCAACAGGCCCCAAGCUGGAGGCGCUGCGGGCAGAGGUGAGCAAGCUGGAGCAGCAAUGCCAGCAGCAGCAGGAGCAGGCCGACAGUCUGGAACGCAGCCUCGAAAAAAAAAGGGCCUCCCGGGCUGAGCGGGACAGUGCUCUGGAGACUCUGCAGGGCAAAAAAAAAGAGAAGGCCCGGGAGCUAGGGCACAGUCAGAGUGCCUUAGCCUCGGCCCAAAGGGAGUUGGCUGCCCUCCGCACCAAGGUACAAGACCACAGCAAGGCUGAAGAUGAGUGGAAGGCCCAGGUGGCCCGGGGCCGGCAAGAGGCUGAGAGGAAAAACAGCAAAAAAAAAAGCUUGGAGGAGGAGGUGUCCAUCCUAAAUCGCCAGGUCCUGGAGAAAAAAAAAAAGAGCAAGGAGUUGAAGCGGCUGGUGAUGGCUGAGUCAGAGAAGAGCCAGAAGCUGGAAGACAGGCUGCGCCUGCUCCAGGCAGAGACAGCCAGCAACAGUGCCAAAAAAAAAGAACGCAGCUCUGCUUUGCGGGAGGAGGUGCAGAGCCUCCGGGAGGAGGCCGAGAAACAGCGGGUGGCUUCAGAGAACCUGCGGCAGGAGCUGACCUCACAGGAAAAAAAAACGGAGGAGCUGGGCCAAGAAUUGAAGGCGUGGCAGGAGAAGUUCUUCAAAAAAAAACAGGCCCUCUCCACCCUGCAGCUCGAGCACACCAGCACACAGGCCCUAAAAAAAAAGCUGCUGCCAGCUAAGCACCUCUGCCAGCAGCUGCAGGCCGAGCAGGAAAAAAAAAAGAAACGCCACCGUGAGGAGCUGGAGCAGAGCAAGCAGGCAGCUGGGAAAAAAAAAGCAGAGCUGCUGAGGGCCCAGCGGGAGCUUGGGGAGCUGAUUCCUCUGCGGCAGAAGGUGGCAGAGCAGGAGCGAACAGCUCAGCAGCUGCGGGCAGAGAAGGAAAAAAAAACAGAGCAGCUGAGCAUGCUGAAGAAGGCGCAUGGCCUGCUGGCAGAGAAAAAAAAAGGGCUGGGUGAGCGGGCUAACCUUGGCCGGCAGUUUCUGGAAGUGGAAAAAAAAAAGGCCCGGGAAAAGUAUGUCCAAGAGUUGGCAGCUGUACGUGCUGAUGAAAAAAAAAGUCUGGCUGAGGUGCAGCGGGAAGCACAGAGCACUGCCCGGGAGCUGAAAAAAAAAACUGCCAAGUAUGAGGGUGCCAAGGUCAAGGUCCUGGAGGAGAGGCAAAAAAAAAAGGAAGAGAAGCAGAAACUCACUGCCCAGGUGGAAGAACUAAAAAAAAAACUGGCUGACUCUGACCAAGCCAGCAAAGUGCAGCAGCAGAAGCUGAAAAAAAAAAAGCUGGGGGAACGGGCUGUCCAGGCUCAGGGAGGUGAGAGCCAGCAGGAGGCCCAGCGCCUCCAGGCCCGGCUGAAUGAACAAAAAAAAAAGUUGAGCCAGAAGGAGCAGGCAGCUGAGCACUAUAAGCUGCAGAUGGAGAAAGCCAAAACUCAUUAUGAUGCCAAGAAAAAAAAAAACCAAGAGCUGCAGGAGCAGCUGCAGAGCCUGGAGCACCUGCAGAAAAAAAAAAAAGAGCUGCGAGCUGAAGCCGAACGGCUGGGCCAUGAGCUACAGCAGGAAAAAAAAAAGACCAAGGAGGCUGAACAGACAUGCCGCCACCUUACUGCCCAGGUGAAAAAAAAAGAGGCACAGGUUGCCCACGCAGACCAGCAGCUUCGAGACCUGGGCAAAUUCCAGGUGGCAACUGAUGCUUUAAAGAGCCGUGAGCCCCAGGCUAAGCCCCAGCUGGACUUGAGUAUUGACAGCCUGGAUCUGAGCUGCGAGGAGGGGACCAAAAAAAAAAUCACUAGCAAGCUGCCUCGUACCCAGCCAGACGGCACCAGCGUCCCUGGAGAACCAGCCUCACCUAUCUCCCAGCGCCUGCCCCCCAAGGUAGAAUCCCUGGAGAGUCUCUACUUCACUCCCAUCCCUGCUCGGAGUCAGGCCCCCCUGGAGAGCAGCCUGGACUCCCUGGGAGAUGUCUUCCUGGACUCAGGUCGUAAGACCCGCUCAAAAAAAAAGCGCACCACACAGAUCAUCAACAUCACCAUGACCAAGAUUCACUCUCUCUUCCAAAAAAAAAAUGUGGAAGAGCCAGACAGCGCCAACUCAUCCUUCUAUAGCACGCGGAAAAAAAAAGCUUCCCAGGCUAGCCUGCGAGCCACCUCCUCUACUCAGUCUCUAGCAAAAAAAAAUUCUCCCGAUUAUGGCAACUCAGCCCUGCUCAGCUUGCCUGGCUACCGCCCCACCACUCGCAGUUCUGCUCGUCGCUCCCAGGCCGGGGUGUCCAGUGGGGCCCCUCCAGGAAGGAACAGCUUCUACAUGGGCACUUGCCAGGAUGAGCCUGAGCAGCUGGAUGACUGGAACCGCAUUGCAGAGCUGCAGCAGCGCAAUCGAGUGUGCCCCCCACACCUGAAAAAAAAAAAUCCCCUGGAGUCCAGGCCUUCCCUGAGCCUGGGCACCAUCACAGAUGAGGAGAUGAAAACUGGAGAUCCCCAGGAGACCCUGCGCCGAGAAAAAAAAAAGCCAAUCCAGAUAGCCGAGGGCACUGGCAUCACCACCCGGCAGCAGAAAAAAAAAGUCUCCUUAGAGCCCCACCAGGGCCCUGGAACUCCUGAGUCUAAGAAGGCCACCAGCUGUUUCCCACGCCCCAUGACUCCCAAAAAAAAACAUGAAGGGCGCAAACAGAGUGCUACUGAGGCCCAGAAGAAAGCGGCAAAAAAAAAAACUAAACAGGCUGACCGGCGCCAGUCGAUGGCCAAAAAAAAACUCAACACACCCAAGAAGCUAGGGAACAGCCUUCUGCGGCGGGGAGCAAAAAAAAAGGCCCUGUCCAAGGCUUCCCCCAACACUCGCAGUGGAACCCGCCGUUAAAAAAAAAUCGCCACCACUACAGCCAGCGCCGCCACUGCUGCUGCCAUUGCUGCCACCACUGCCACCCCUCGAGCCAAGGGCAAGGCAAAGCACUAAAAAAAAAAAACCAGUGAGUGGCCCCACCUGUGUCGCUGAUGCUGACCUCACCUGGUAAAAAAAAAACUGUCCCUCUCAGUGCCUUCUCUCAGCUCCCAGGCCAACAGUAGCCAAACCCCUAGAGACAGUGAUGCCUGCCCGCACCCUGACCUGGUCCCUGGACCUUCACUGGCAACUUCUCAGAGCUGGCCCAGGAGGCCUGGAGCAUGGACAGUGUGGGCGCUAAAAAAAAAUUGCCUCCUUUUUUCUUAAAGCAAAGUCACUUCUCCAUCACAACCAAAAAAAAAAACUGGUUUUGAUGGCUGGGUCCUUGGGCCUGGCCAGUCUUCCUCUUAGCCUCUGGAUCUAGAAGGGACCAUAAGAGGAGUAGGCCCUGGUUCCUGCUCUCCUGGAGGCUGGGCCUAGCAGGGGCCCUCACUCUUGAAGUCCAGGACUGGGUCUGACCUGGAAAAAAAAACUGCCAGAGGAUGCUCUUUCCCAGGACGAUGGGCCUGUGUCUCAGGAGUGGGGUUGGGGGACAGCCUUCAGCGGCAGCUCACACCCUACCUUCCCCAGACUUGAAAAAAAAAGGGAUUUGGAGUGAUGGGAAGGUUUUUAAGGGCCGGGGAUG